CGCCGGCGGCGGCAGUGAAGCCUCCGCCCCGCCGGGGGCGCUGCUGCGGGAGGUCCGCCGCGAUGGGAGAGCGCGCCGGAAGACCUCGGUCCGUUUCCGGUGCGAACAGGUUACUGGUGGAAGAUGGCGGCGCGAGGGUUCCAGACAAUGAAUGCGGGCGCGGCGGCCAUGGCAGCGGGGGCUGGGCCUGGCCAGGUCCAGGGCCAGGGCGCAGGGAGAAUGCCGCCCAGUCAGCAGCAGAGCAUGUUCCGCUCGGCCAUGCCGGGGCAGGGAUACCCGCGUCCAGGGAUGCCUCCCGGCAGCCGCAUGCCCCCUCAAGCGGCUUCUAUGGGUCCGCCGGGUCCUUCGUAUGCUGGGAGUCCGUCAGUUCGACCAGGCAUGCCUCAAUCGAUGAUGGACCAGUCUCGCAAACGACCAGCUCCACAGCAGAUUCAACAGGUGCAGCAACAGGCAGCCCAGAACCGCAAUCACAAUGCAAAGAAGAAGAAAAUGGCGGAUAAAAUUCUACCUCAGAGGAUCCGGGAGCUGGUGCCAGAGUCCCAAGCCUAUAUGGACUUGCUGGCAUUUGAGAGGAAGUUGGACCAGACUAUAAUGAGGAAACGCCUGGAUAUCCAGGAAGCAUUGAAAAGACCAAUAAAGCAAAAAAGAAAGCUUCGUAUAUUUAUUUCAAAUACAUUCAACCCUGCAAAACCGGAUGCAGAAGAUGGUGAAGGAACUGUGGCAUCCUGGGAGCUUCGGGUAGAAGGAAGGCUUCUGGAGGAUUCAGCUGUUUCGAAGUAUGAUGCUACCAAACAGAAGCGGAAGUUUUCCUCAUUCUUCAAAUCCCUUGUGAUUGAGCUGGAUAAAGAUCUCUAUGGACCUGACAAUCAUCUGGUUGAGUGGCACAGGACAGCCACAACCCAAGAGACUGAUGGUUUCCAAGUGAAAAGACCAGGAGAUAUGAAUGUGCGUUGCACAGUCCUACUGAUGCUGGAUUACCAGCCACCCCAGUUUAAACUGGAUCCUCGAUUGGCACGACUGCUGGGCAUACACACUCAGACGCGCCCUGUUAUCAUCCAAGCUCUCUGGCAGUACAUUAAAACCCACAAGCUGCAGGACUCUCAUGAACGAGAGUUCAUCAACUGUGACAAAUACCUCCAACAGAUCUUUGAGUGUCAACGAAUGAAGUUCUCAGAAAUUCCUCAGAGACUACACGCUCUGCUGAUGCCCCCUGAGCCAAUUAUCAUCAACCAUAUUAUCAGUGUGGACCCAAAUGAUCAGAAGAAGACUGCUUGUUAUGAUAUUGAUGUAGAGGUGGAUGACACAUUGAAGACUCAGAUGAAUUCCUUUCUCCUAUCUACUGCUAGCCAGCAGGAGAUUGCUGCUCUUGAUAAUAAGAUUCACGAAACAAUAGAGACCAUUAACCAGCUCAAGACACAGAGAGAGUUCAUGCUGAGUUUUGCCAGAGAUCCGCAGGGCUUUAUCAAUGACUGGCUGCAGUCACAGUGCCGUGACCUGAAGUCUAUGACUGAUGUGGUAGGAAACCCAGAGGAAGAGCGCAGAGCAGAGUUCUACUUCCAGCCCUGGGCUCAAGAGGCUGUCUGCAGAUACUUCUAUUCUAAGGUGCAGCAAAGGAGACAGGAGCUUGAACAAGCCCUUGGCAUCCGCAAUACAUAAAAGAUCUCUGUGGCCUCAUCCCAUGUGUGGCAACGGGUUGACAUGAGAUGUCUGGGUUCAAGGUUGAACGCAGUUUUAUACGUGCACAAAGAUUUCUGUUACAGUGUACAAACUGUAAAACUACAUGCAUCACUUGCACAAAAUAAAUCACCACAUAGUCCUUGUACUCCUGAAGUGUUCUUUGCUACCGUUUAUUAGAACUGACAUGUUCCCUUUAUAAAAAGCAUAGGAUUAGAAAGUAAUGUUAGCUUAUUAUAUCCAUAUUUGGGGAAAUAUAAGCCACAAUUGGUUGACCUCAGUAACUACAUAAAAUUCUAUUUAAAUGACCUAGUACUACUACUAAUAGUGAUAUAUUAGCAUACUAGAUCAGAUAAUUAACGCUAUAUUUGCUUUUGCUGUAUUUUUCUUACCCAAGAGGCUUUGUGUUGAAAGUAGCAAGUAUUUCAUUGACAGACUGUGAUUCCAGCUACUUAACACCCACCCCCAAAAAAAAAACACAUGCUGCUUUUAACAAUGGAGUGUUUCUGAAAAUCAGUGGUGAUUUUUGCAGCAGUAUUGGUACCUGCCUGAAGGCAGGUCAGUGCCUCUUUGCCCCUUCACGUUAGAGCUAAGCUAUGUCACUUGCCAACUGUUGGGGGCCAUGUUAGGUUGCAGCGUUUAAUUCUUUUUGUUUAAAAAAUCCUUUUUAAAAAAAGCUAGCUUGCAAGUAAUAUAAAUUUAUUAAUCUCACUAUUUACAAUUGAUUCUGUCUUAUUGCUUUCAAAGGCUAAUUCUAAUUUGCAUACAAGUUUUCUGGUUUCCCUUUCUCUGCUUUGAAAAUCAUCUCGUUAGUUUUUGACAAGUAACAAGUUACACGUUAAAAUGAGUUUUUCUUCAGAUUAGUGAAUGACUUUAAAAAUCACUCCAGUGCUGCUUUAUAUACUGGGUUGAAUGUAUUCUAUGUAUGUUAUGUAUUUUACUUUGUUGUUCUUGACUCCUAUCAGAAGUUUCAAGGCCAGAAAUGAAGGGAUAAUUUUGUCUGGCUUUAGACAAAAAACUGUUUGUACAAUUCUAAUUGAAAGGUGUCCGGCUGACUAUAGUUACUUUGUCUGAUGCAUUGAUGAAGUUAUUAUGUAUGUUCCCUUGUUUGUGUAUUGUUUAAUACUUUAACAUGAAGGUUGGUGUGUUUUGUACCCUUAACUUCACCCUUGUACUGUGUAUUAGUCUUAAUAGAGCUCAGUACAAUUCUACUGAAAGGUGACGGUAAUAACUGCAGCACAAUUUUUUUGUUUGGGAACUUUCCGCGACACACUUUAAACUUUUCAAGGCACAAGACAGUCACUCAAGUUUUGUCCUUGCAAUGUAACCUCUUACCUCUGUGAACAUGUAAGUGAAAUCCAGUCCAGUUGUACAAACUGCAACAGUUGGACUAAAUCUUCAUAGGAGUCAAUAUUUUGUAGCGAUUUAAAGGUUAAUUAGUUUUUAAAAAGUGAAGGAGUGAUAAACUGAUACACGAUCCCGACCAUUCCCUAACGUUGCAGCAGCUUAUGUGUGAACCCUCUUGCAUGUAAAUGUUUUUUUCAUCAAGUUUAAUUCUGAGGACUUGAAAUAUUUCUUGAUAGAAGCCCAUUGGAACUUGGCACUACUAUUCAGUUUGGAAGGAGUUCAUGCCGAUCUCUUACGUGUAUGAAAAAAGCAAGUAUCCACCAUGGGAGAGUAAAUUAUGCAAAUUCCCAUAGUUUAAACAAAGGCACGUGUUUCGCUUUAAGACCUUUUUUUUAAUCAAUUUAUAGUGCCCCAUUCACUCAAUAAGGCACUGUUCAAGUACCCUCUGACAUUCAGCACCCAGGUUUUCAGUGGUGACCAGCUGGGCAAGCUGUUGGGAGGUUGCACAGUGCCUGUGAUCAGUGGCUGAAAGCAGGCCAAAAAAAGUCAUUUUUUUUCCAUAAAUGUAUGAUUUGUACCCUGAGUCAGAAGAGGACAGAGUUGUCCCCUUGGUGUUGGGGUGACAGCAGGUUCAGCAGGGGCUGUUGUCAUGCUGAUGCUUUAUUUCUGCACUGUAAACUGAAAAGUCCAAGCAAUACUUUCUUGUACCCUUAGAAUUUCUCCCUCUUUAAAUCUAUAAUCAAAGGUUAACAUUUUCUCUUUGAAGAAAAUGAACGAUCUGAAAUAAAUCUCCCAGAUGGGGUGGAUGGGGUGCAGUCAUCCUUGGGAGCUCACUGAAUUACUGCACCCUAUCGUAUGAUCACUAAGUUGUGCUUGAACAACAAAGUCCCAAGUUCACUAGCUGGUUUGUUCAUUUUUCAGCUGGGACAGGAUUUGGUGUCCCACGUUUGGCCUCAAUGUUCCCGGGGUGGGAAGAAAGGGAAAGAAUUAGCCAGAGUCACUGCCCAGUCACUGCUUGGCUCUUCAUUGAGUACCGCUUCAGUGUUCCGUAUCUAGGCUUGCUGCUGAGUAAUUGAUUUGAGAAGGUGGGGGACCCAUGCCAACAUCCAUGAAAUCAUAACUUGAAGCAUUUGAAAGGGUUGGAGAGGGCAGAUCUUCUAAAUUGUCAUUGGAUAGAAAGCAAUAACAAUUGACUUUAGUAACUGACCAGCUGGGAAUUGCAGCUGAAAAUAACUCAGUUAUGUUUCCAAUGAUAUUGAAUGGUUUUCCCUUGGUUAUGCUGCUAUUAGAUACUUAAGCUGAAGCCACUUAGAUGGAUGUUUGAAGUAGGCGCUGUGUGUUUGAUGGCAUAAGUCUGAUCUGUAUCACUAGGUGUUGUUGGGUCUGUUUUAUUCCAGUCAGCUACCUCUUCAAAUGUUGAAGAAACAAAAUGAAAGUAAUUUGAUUUCAAACUCUUGCGUCCUCUUUCCACGUGUGGUAUGACUGUGGUUAGGAUGGGAGUAGUCACAAAUAGAAGCAGUUGAACCUCUGCAGUUAUGCUGCAAAAAGCUGUAUUUUUAUUGAGUAACAUUUUGAGGGACCAUUUUUGUACUCUAUGCUUGUAUGUGUCACUCAGUUUUAAUAAAACCUUCAACACAG